AUGACGACCGACGUGAAGAAGCAAAAGAAAACCGUGAAUGGAGACGGUGUCAAAGACGAAGGUUUUAAGGAAGAAGCUGAAAGAAAGGUGUCUUCUGAUUCGAAAUCAUCUUUAGAGGAAAAAGAUGAAAAAGAUGAAAAGGAUGAAUCUCCUAAAACUUUUAGAGACUUGGGUGUUAUUGAAGAAUUGUGUCAGGCUUGUGAGAAGUUAGGCUACAAGGAUCCUACUCCCAUUCAACGUGAGGCUAUUCCCACCGCUUUGUCGAAGCGAGAUGUGAUUGGUCUUGCUCAAACAGGAAGUGGUAAAACUGCCGCAUUUGCUCUCCCUGUGAUCCAGGAAUUGUGGGACAAUCCUAGUCCUUAUUAUGCUGUUGUGCUUGCACCUACUCGAGAGCUUGCUUACCAAAUUUCUGAACAGUUUGAAGCACUGGGAGGUGCCAUUGGUGUGCGAAGCGUUGUUAUUGUAGGUGGAAUGGACAUGGUCACUCAAGCAGUUGCUUUGUCCAAAAAACCACAUAUCCUUGUUUGUACUCCUGGUCGUUUGAUGGACCAUUUAGAAAAUACCAAAGGAUUUAGUCUGCGAAACUUACAAUACCUAAUUAUGGAUGAAGCUGAUCGUCUUUUGGAUAUGGAUUUUGGACCCAUCAUUGACAGAGUUCUAAAGGUCAUUCCUAAAGAGAGACGUACUAUGCUUUUCUCGGCCACCAUGACCAACAAGGUUGAGAAGCUUCAACGUGCUUCCCUUCAUAACCCCGUUCGUGUUGCCGUUUCUUCCAAAUUUUCCACUGUAGAUACCUUGAUCCAGCGUUACUUGUUUUUCCCUUUUAAACACAAAGAUACUUAUCUCGUUUAUUUGGUUAAUGAACUUGCUGGUAAUACCAUCCUUAUCUUUGCACGUACAGUAAACGAUACUCAACGAUUGGCAAUUUUGUUGCGGUCUCUUGGAUUUAGCGCAAUACCUCUUCACGGUCAACUGAGUCAAAGCAAUCGUCUUGGUGCAUUAAAUAAAUUCAAGUCCGGUACUAGAUCAAUUAUGGUUGCUACAGAUGUUGCUGCUCGUGGUUUGGAUAUUCCUCUUGUUGAUGUCGUUGUCAAUUACGAUAUUCCCACUGACUCUAAAGCAUACGUUCAUCGUGUUGGCCGUACUGCUCGUGCCGGACGUGCCGGUAAAUCAGUCGCCCUCGUAACUCAAUAUGAUUUGGAGCCAUUCCUUCGUAUUGAGGCUGCUAUUGGCAAAAAGAUGCAAGAGUACGAGCACCAAAAGGAUGCAGUGUUCUUGUUGUCGGAGCGGGUGGAUGAAGCACAGCGAGAAGCUGUGAUUCAAAUGAAGGAAAUUCAUGAAAGGAGGAGAUCUAAGGGUAAGCUUCGUACAAAACGCAAGCAUGAUGAUCUUGAUCGUGAAGAGCAAGUCUCUUAA